AUGAAGAGGACUGAGGGCGGAGAUAGAGAAGUCAGAGAACUCUAUCGACCUUCCACCUUUCGACUUUUCCGUGAUAUUUUGCGAACCUGUCAGCGUCAGGAGUCCCGCAAUCAGGCGACGAUACCACUCGCACCUCCUGCAGUAGUCCAGAUACCUAUCUUCCAAAUUAUUUGUCCACAGAUCCACAGCUCUGGGCCAUCCUUGACCCCGAGAUUACAUGCGAAAACCCUAUGGAAGACAUACAUCGCUGGCUCAUGCAGAGUCGCCGAUGUAGUCUGUACGACAGCCAUUGCCAAGAUCAGAGAUGAAUUUGUGGCUAUGGUUAUUCAUGCACCCUCCAAGGCUCUCAACUCCAAGGAGGAAGACCUCUGGAAGUUUCGUUUCUACCAAAUGCGCUAA